CAAAGUUGAAGCCCGGCGCGCCCUUCCUUCUUCCUCCUCUUCUUCCUCUCCUCUUCCUUCUUUCCUUCCUUGGAGUCGGAUCUCUGUCUCCAGGGUCUCCCCGGGGGUUGGGCGCGCCCCGAUGCCUCCCCCGCCCCGUCCCACGGAGGAGGCCGGCAGGAGCGCGCGUGGGCGAGUUGGUGGCGGGACGGAGAGGAGGCUGAGCUGAGAGGAGGAAGGAGAAGAGCAAGAAGAAGAUCAAGGGGAGAAGAAGGAGGAGGAGGAGGAGGAGGAGGGGAACGGUGCGGACAGGAGAAGGAAGGGAAGAAGAAACAGAAGAGGGCAGAGACCCCACGGGAAGGGAGAAAAGAGACCUCCAGAGAGCAGAAGGAAAGAUCCGAAGGAAAGGGAGGCACCCCAGGCUUCCAGAGAGCCCAAGGAAAGACAAACCAAACGUCUAGGAUCCCAAAGGGAAAGGCAUCAAAGCAGACUCCCAGAGACCAGAAGGAAUAGCGGGGAAGCAGAUCUCCAGAGACCACAGGAGGAAAAGGGAGCUGACUAGACCUCCAGAGACCCCAAGGAAAGGAGCGCAGAGCAGAUCUCCAGAGACCCCAAAAGAAGGGAGGCAGACCCAGACCCUUUCCUUUCCUCUGCCCCCCACUUGCCCACCCACCCACCCGCCUCCUCCGCCGGCUGUGACCUCAAAGCCCCCCGCCUUACAAGCCGCCUUCGGGAUGUCCUGGCAGAGUCUUUAACUUCAACGUCUCCAAAGGUGAACCUGGGACGACGCCUCGCCCCGGCGGGGAUUCGCUGCCUCUUCUUCUUCUUCUUUCUCCUCCGCCUCGGAGCCUAAAAUUACACCAUGGAGUUUCGGAAAGAAGAGUUCAAGAAGUUGACGGGCCGGACUUUGGGGCACCUGCACAGGAUCCUUGAACGGAAACAGCCGGGAAGUGAAACCCUUGAGCUGACAGAAGAGGGGCGACCUGUUGAGGUGAUCGAGAAGCACCAGCCGGUCGUUGACUGCACCUGCUUUGGCCUCCCUCGCCGAUACAUCAUUGCCAUCCUCUGUGGCUUAGGCUUCUGUAUCAGCUUUGGCAUCCGGUGCAACCUGGGAGUGGCCAUUGUCAGCAUGGUCAACAACAACACCGUCUAUGAAGGGGACAAACUCGUCAUGAAGAAAGCUGAGUUCAACUGGGAUCCAGAGACGGUGGGCAUGAUUCAUGGGUCGUUCUUCUGGGGUUACAUAGUCACCCAGAUUCCAGGUGGCUUCAUAUCACAGAAAUUUGCUGCUAAUAGGGUUUUUGGCUUUGCCAUUGUGGCAACAUCCACUCUCAACAUGCUCAUUCCGUCGGCUGCUCGUAUCCACUUUGGCUGCGUCAUUUUUGUACGGAUCCUGCAAGGGCUUGUGGAGGGGGUCACUUACCCUGCAUGCCAUGGGAUCUGGAGCAAAUGGGCACCGCCACUGGAACGCAGCCGCUUGGCAACAACAGCUUUUUGUGGCUCCUAUGCCGGGGCUGUAGUGGCCAUGCCCCUUGCUGGCAUUUUAGUCCAGUAUUCUGGAUGGAGCUCUGUCUUUUAUGUCUACGGCAGUUUUGGUAUCUUCUGGUACUUAUUCUGGCUGAUGGUUUCCUAUGAGAGUCCUGCACAGCAUCCGACCAUCACAGAAGAGGAGCGGAAGUACAUUGAAGAAAGUAUUGGGGAGAGCUGUAGUCUGAUGAAUCCCUUAAUGAAAUUCAAAACCCCUUGGCGCAAGUUCUUCACAUCCAUGCCUGUCUAUGCCAUUAUAGUGGCUAAUUUUUGCCGGAGCUGGACUUUCUACUUGCUCUUAAUUAGUCAACCAGCCUAUUUUGAAGAAGUGUUCGGCUUUGAAAUCAGUAAGGUGGGUAUGCUUUCCGCCUUGCCCCACCUGGUCAUGACCAUCAUUGUACCCAUUGGGGGUCAAAUCGCUGACUUUCUGCGAACGCGGAGGAUCAUGUCUACCACAAACGUUCGCAAGAUGAUGAACUGCGGGGGGUUCGGCAUGGAAGCCACACUGCUCUUAGUGGUCGGCUAUUCCCACAGCAAAGGGGUUGCCAUCUCUUUCCUCGUCAUGGCUGUGGGUUUCAGUGGCUUUGCUAUUUCAGGGUUUAAUGUGAACCACUUAGACAUUGCCCCCCGAUAUGCCAGCAUCCUCAUGGGCAUCUCCAAUGGCGUGGGGACUCUCUCGGGCAUGGUGUGCCCCCUUAUAGUCGGAGCUAUGACAAAACACAAGACACGGGAGGAAUGGCAGUACGUUUUCCUCAUUGCCUCACUGGUGCAUUACGGCGGUGUGAUCUUCUAUGGGAUUUUUGCUUCCGGCGAGAAGCAGCCGUGGGCAGAGCCGGAAGAACUCAACGAGGAGAAGUGUGGCUUUAUCAAUGAGGAUGAACUCAUUGAUGAAGAGGACGAGGCUGCCCGCAUGGCGGCGGGUGGCGUAGGGGCUGGGGGUGGAUAUGGUGCCACCAAAAGCACCAGUUUUGCCAACGGCGGCUGGACGGCUGACUGGGACAAGAAGGAGGAAUAUGUACAGGAGCCUGGCAAAGAUUCAUAUAUGUACGGCACGCCAGGAGAGCGGGACUUAUCGUAAAGGUUCCCCAUCCUUCCUCUUACAUGGGAUGUUGGGGCCUUGGUUCAAUCCGCUGGAGCGAGGGGGAAAGGCGUACAUUUUGGGUUGCUUCUCGCCCUACACCCUUCACUUGACCACCCUUUCCUUCCCUCAGCCCACAUUUUUGGUGCAUUGGUAAAACUGUCUGGACCCAUUGAAAACUGCCCCAAACUCCUAGCCUUGGUAAUAAUGACCCAAGAAGGUGAAUUUCCUGAAACUUUAUCCUGCCUUUCCAAACAGGUUUUGGGUUCUGCUGUGGGCAACAAAGCAGGCAUUGCAUUUUCUACCCAUUCCUAGCUUCCUUGGCUCUAGAACAUUAUCAGUAUCCUCUCGCUUGGGAAAAGAGGGUGGCAUUCAAUUAUACAGCUAAGCAUAUCCCAGGACCCCUGAAUCAAAGCUACUGGAAACAUGUUGCUACCCAGUGACAAUACUUUAACAUUAGAGGCUAAGUUAAACAGAGCUCCAUUCACAUCAUGUAAUUCCAGUACUAUGUUCCACCUUAAAUGCCGUGGCAACAUCCUUUGGGGUAUUGGGAUUUGAGGUUUAGGGAGGGGUUUACUUAGAAUAUUCAGCCAGACAGCUCUACUGCUUCAGCAACCUACAAAAACCUAGGAUUCCAUAGGAUGUUGCCAUGUCAGUAAAAGUGGAAUCACAAUGCUAUAACUGUGCAGUGUGAAUGGACUCCUGGAAAUAUGAGACAUCACAGUUCAGUGAUAGAAUAUAGGCCCACACAAUUAUAGCUGUAUGAUUCUACUAAAUGUCAUGGCUACAUCCUGUGGGAUACUGGGGUCUGUAGCCAGGUGAUCCACUAAGGCUCUCUAGUAAGAGGUCUCAGGUUCACUUCUUGGCAUAUCUCUGCUGAAAUGACUUCUGUGUGGGACCUUGAAAGACCAGCACCUGUUAGAAAGUCAAGUGGGGAUACAGAUCAGAGGGUGAUUCAAGUAUGGCUUCCAUCAGUCCAGCUAGUAUAGCCAGUGAAGGCUGAUGAGAGAUACAUUCCAACAAAAUGUGCAUAGCAAUAUCAUAGAAUCACAUUGUUGGUACAGACCACAAGGGCUAUCCAGUCUAACCACCAGCCAUGAAGGAAAUAGGCCACGAGUUGGCUAUUCCUGCAGUGGAUCGUGCUGGGCUGAAUUGACUUGGUCAGUGCUCUAAACUCCAAGUUAAGUGGAUGUGUAUAUUCACUCUCCAGAGACACACCUGUCCAGGAUUGGUGCCUACUGGGGAAUUGAUGGGCUAAAUAGUACCGUUUUAUCCUCCAGCUAAAUAGUCCCAUCCUGUAUCUCACAGCUUCAUCCACUUUGAUAAUGGAUGGGCACCUUCUAGUUGCCCCACUGUUAUUAGCCUGUAAUGCCACCAUAGCCAGUAUAGUAAGACCCUGUAACCAUGGAACCCAUAUCCACGGUUUCACUUAUGAAAACCCAGGAGAAAAUGGCCUCCUGGCCAAUCUAUGUUAUGCUUCCUCUGAACGCUAUCCCAGAGUUGUGCUGGAGAACCUAGCAAAUUCCUACAGAGGAUACCACUCCAGGAAUCUCUACUCUUUCCAGUGUAACCUUAGGGUAUGUUGGGACCAGAAGUGCAGUCAUUUAAUGGCAUUUGGCCAGAUCCAUGGUUGCAUGCAAUCCCUGUCCAACUGGGAAUAUAUCCCUGUCAAUGGGAGGGUCUUACUGUACCAAGGAAUGAAGGAAUGCCAGCCCAAUGACAUUGGGAGAGCCACAAGUUGUUGAAACUGUCAUCCCAGAUUCCUGUCCCUUUCUUAGAACUAAAUUAAACAUUUUCCCCUUGAGAAUCUAUCUGGAGAGCUUUAAGGGGCAGUGCAUCCAAUGCCUUCAUCAUCCACAUACCAACAAGUACCCAGUACCAAAGAAAGAGCGGUAGCUUGCUUCAGCCAUAAAACCGACCAGUCUAGUUCUGGAAAAAAUACAGUCCAUUUUCUGACAUAGUAGGUGACCUGCCUCCUCUUCAAAAUGCCCAAUUUCUAGGUACUCCAGCAAGAAUCCCAUUGAUAUCUUAUACAUGUGUAAGUUUUCAUACAAAAGACCUUUUUGACUGACGUGGAAUGUCUCCAUUCAGUUCAAGACGGGAAUGGACAUGCUCCAAAUUAUGGUUGCAUACUGUGCAUUAUAUAUGCAGGUAUACAUUCUGCAUUACUUGAGAUAUACAUGCCCACUGGGCUUGCCCAGUAUUGCGAUUCAGUAAUGCAGUAGCGCUAUGCAGCAAUGACACACCUCCAUAGGUGGCUGAUGCUAAGUCAGAGGUUAUGGGAGUUGAAGCCCAAAAUGUGCGGAAGAAGACCAAAAGUUCCUAACACCCCCGUGUUUGCCUGACAAUCACUUUAAACCCCAGAAAGUGUUGUUGCUUUGGGGUGCCGAUAGUAACUGCCCUGGUGUGAACGGAGCGAAGGGUAUUUGCUCCAUACUGUGAACCAAUGUUACCAAGUGGACCCUGGGAUGUUGCUUUAGGACCAAGAGGCCUAGAUUGCUCUUGGGAGACUUUCUGUCCAAAUGGCCCUGAGCCUAUACAAAGAGAAUGAUCGUGGCCUACCUCACAGGGAUGUUGUUGGGAGGGUGGGCAAAAUAGAACUGUAUAUGUAUUUUAUUUAUUUAUUAUUUAUUUGUUGCAUUUCCAUCCUGCUGCCUUUCCUCCAGUGAGCUCAUGGCAGCGUACGUGGUUCUCCUCUUCCCCAUUUUAUCCCUGCAGAGUUAUGAAAAGGACUUAUAAUACAGUAAUACUAAUGGCAAUGGGGAGGGGGAGGCAUCAGCAGAACUGAUGGCUUUUGACUACCCCGGUAUGUACACAGACGCAUACAUGCUCUGCUUUUAUGUUGGGAAUCAGCUCGCAAUAAGAACGCAAACAUUGGAACGCUCCAGAACACUCCGAUAUCCCCGCAGUUUAUACUCCUCCAAUUUCAUGAAAGUCUACUAGCUUCAGAUUGGUGGUGUCCAAGAGCCCCCCUGCUCAAUCUAUGGAGGGACACCUCUUGUGCCCCCUUCCCCAUCCUAGCCUCCCCAACUCCAAUAGUUCCCUCUGUGGAUGGGUUGGUCUGUCUGGCGUUCACUCUGUACGUGUAAUCCCACCCUUAAAUAACCCCUCAACCAGUUGGAAUAAAUACUUUGUUCUUGUGUAAAUAUAUAAAUAUAAAUAUUAUAUACGAAACCAA